UAAAAAACAAGAUGGAAGCCAAACUUUGACAGAAUCUCUAGGACACUGCUGACGUGAGCAUGCAACUGUGAUGACCUGACACUUGUGCCGUCCUUAACAAACAAAGCAAAAGCCAAGUCCUGGAACGCCGUUGUCAUCAACAUGGCAGACUCCAGGGAUGUUACAGGUGGGCCUGGACCACCAGAGCAAUCCCAGAAUAGAUCAAAAGAGAAGAAGCGAAGACAUGGGCAUUCCAGUGGUUCCAGAGUUAACGUCAAAGAUGGUGAAAGUGGGUAUUCGGAAAAUCGAGGGAAAACGGAGCGGGUGAAAUCAAAGGAGGCGGGGAGUGAGCCGAUUUCAAAGUGCGAGAAAGCGGUGGAUUCAGUCGGUAGUGGUGAGAAGAAAGGUCGGACUCGGAGGAAUCCUGAGGAGGAGGUGCCAAGGAAUGGGGCGGGUGACUGCACGAGUGGUGAUCAGGAUGUGGACAAUGCUCGCGACGAAACGACUCAGGAACGCGAGAGACUCGGUCGGGAAGCGGAGGCGGACCGACGCACGAAUAUAUCCGCGCAGGGAGAGAUUGAACAGCAGAACAGCGCGGAUCGUAAGGGUGGCAAUAAUCAGACGAAUACGGAACACAGGAAAAAUAAGUCUGAGCCGGACUCGGAAAAUAUUGGCAAAGAGCGUCCUGUAAGCGGACAGACUGCGGCGAGAAAUCAGAAAGAAAAGUUAGUCAAGGAACACACGAGGAGUUAUUCUGAUGGCGGGGCGGUGUUUGUGAGCCCGCGUCGUCAGCGCAGCGAUUCCAACGGACAGCAUAGCGAUCAGGGCAUUUAUGAUAAUGAGCAUGCCGAGGUUGUGUUAUCGCGAUCGCGGUCGCUGAAGUACGAUCGUCAGGGAAGCCGCGCCGAUUUUCCACCGCGGUUACUGGUGGUUUCGAGUAAGAUAAAGAACAUUAUGUCCCUACAGAAUGCCCUACUGCCUCAAGUGACGUUUUUGCAAUAUAAGUUCGAGACAUCGACUUUUGAUGGUUUGAUAGGUUUAAUAGGCCAAUUCCUGCUCAAUAAGAAGUUUCACAGUGUUGCCUUAGUUCUCCAUGGCCCGGUGGGCGUGAUACAGUUGUGUGGGAAAGAGGAAAAGCCACUCAAUAAAGAUACCGUCCUUGACCACGCAGGUAUUCGUGGCUUCUUCUCCAAACUCUUCAGUCUCCAUGGCAAUAAGGAGGCAGCGAACCUCCGCCUCGACUUCUUGGCAUGUAACGCCGCUCAGGGACAAGAUGGCGGACAGGGCAUCGUCAAGGAGCUGGAGGCUCUGCUGGGGGUGUCGGUUGGUUUGUCUCGAGACAUUGUCGGAGCAGAGCUGGUCAAAGACCCGUCCUCAAAAAGUACGGUUGGGGAGCUCUACUUCCGUCUUGAGUGUCUCCGUGGAUGGAGCGGACAUUACCAGCAGUCAAUGGCCGGCUUUGAGAAGAUCAGAACCGUUGGGAAAGGGGCAUAUGGUGCGGCCGUCCUCUACCGGAAACGUGACGACGACUCCCUGGUCAUACUCAAAGAAAUCAACAUGCACGACUUGAAUGCAGCAGAGAGACAACUUGCUCUUAACGAGGUGAAAGUUCUUGCCGUCUUAGACCAUCCGAACAUCAUCAGUUAUUACGAUAGUUUUGAAGAAGACGGCGUCCUGAUGAUUGAAAUGGAGUAUGCAAAUGGAGGGACGCUAGCUCAAUACCUCUCUCAUAGGGACGCUCCACUGGACGAGAAAGAAAUACUAGAAAUCUUCCAACAGAUGGUGGCAGCCAUUCGUCACAUUCACGAACAUAACAUACUACACAGGGAUAUGAAAACGGCCAACAUCUUCCUGACAAAAGAGGGCGUUGUUAAAGUUGGCGACUUUGGAAUCUCAAAGAUAAUGUCAACUGCUGAUAAAGGAGCGAAUACAGUGCUGGGAACGCCUUAUUAUAUAUCAGCCCCGAAAUGGUGA